AUGGCUGCCACAGCCGACUUAGUGUGGCACUUUCCUGGCCUGCAUGAUAUGCUCCCAUCUGCAUCAGCUAGUGGUAUUGAGAUGGAUGAUAUCACCGAGGACAUUGUGGCUGAACAGGAAACCCUUGUUGAGCUGAGCAAUAGGUCAAUAGACGCACCUGACUUCACAAGACUACAGUCAAUGCUAAUGGAUGUCUCAAAGGGUGUCACCCAAGGUACCAGUGCACAAUACAAACAGCUGAUGAACACAUGUGUUGCAUUUCUUACUAGCCUUGGUCUGCUGGGGAGCAACAAGGAGUUUUUCUGCAAAAAGCCACGUGCCAAUGCACCAUGGCUGAUCAUUGCAUGGAUCAUGAAUAUGUAA